AUGGCUUCACUAUCAGGGUUGUCCACCAGACUGAUGGCUUCUUCAAAGUCAUCCGUCGCCUCCCAGAGGCUUGCCUCAAUCAGUCGCCAAUUUUCCUCCACACCGGCACUGGCUUUUGAAGUGAGGAAACUAGGUGUUGUAGGAGCUGGACAAAUGGGUCUGGGAAUUGCCCUCGUCGCCGCUCAAAAAGCUCAAGUUCCUGUAACACUAGUGGACAACUCGCAGCCAUCCCUCGACAAGGGUCUCGCAUUUGCAGACAAGCUCCUUGCGAAAGACGUUUCGAAGCAGAAAAUCACAGAAGAGGUCGCAAAGGCCACUAAAGAGCGAUUAAAGGGCACCACAAAGAUGUCCGACCUCUCGGAUGUCGACAUGGUUAUCGAGGCUGUACCUGAGAUUCCUUCCCUGAAGGAAAGGAUAUUUGCAGAAUUGGCCGAGAUAUGUCCUAAACAUGCAAUCCUUGCUACAAACACUUCGAGCAUCAGUAUCACCAAGAUCGCGCGUGCUACAACAACGGAUCCCACCGACACCUCUGCCUCCUCCCGCGUCAUCUCUACACAUUUCAUGAACCCAGUUCCUGUACAGAAAGGUGUGGAAAUAAUCUCCGGUCUGCAAACCUCGCCUGAGACUUUGGCUACUGCGAUAGCUUUUUGUGAAAAGAUGGGAAAAGUUUGUUCUGUCUCGGCUGACAGUCCUGGAUUCCUCGCCAACAGAAUUUUAAUGCCAUAUAUCAAUGAAGCUAUCAUCUGCCUUGAGACUGGAGUGGGCAAGAAAGAGGAUAUCGAUAAUAUUAUGAAGAAUGGUACCAACGUCCCGAUGGGUCCUCUUACUCUGGCAGAUUUUAUUGGCUUGGAUACUUGCCUGGCCAUUAUGGAAACCCUGCAUGCUGGUCUGGGUGACAGCAAGUACAGACCGAGUGUUUUACUGAGACAAUACGUGGACGCGGGUUGGUUGGGCAAGAAGAGCGGAAAAGGAUUUUAUGAAUAUAAAUAA